AUGGGUGUGCUGCACCCACCGAGGCACGACGCAACUGACCUCAGCGCACUUCCUCUUCUAGCAGCCCCACGCCUUUGUAACGGUAUUCUCGCUGUUGUAGCUGGGCGGUCUCCAGCCAAGCUCGAAGGGCUUCCUUACUCUUGGCAGCGCCGCAUGGUUGAGAGGGGCAGGCAAGAGCUUCGAACCCCACCGCCACAGCUGGGGGGCAUGGUGCAUAGCACUGCUAUACGUGAUGGCGGUUUGACUGGGGGGCAAGGACACGGUAUGUCUCCUGAAAUGUUUGCUAAUUUUCAGCUGCUUUCCACACUAGAAUAUUGGAAGUUGAUCAGGAUCUGCCCCGGAGAAGGAGAGGUUGCCAACGGCUGGGAACUUGGUCCCAUUGGAAGUCCCAAAAGCGCAAAAUAUCUGCCACAGAUACCAUUCAAGAAGAAUGCCUCAGCCCUUGCCGACCAUCCCCAUACAGCAUCUGCCGCGACGCCGGGCAGUGGAGGAAUUUGUUACUUCUCUGAAACUGAAGUUGCAAGAUGCACUAGAAAAGCUGCACAUGUUAUUUGUUUGCCCCUUACUAGAAGGGGACUCAGCACGACACUGGUGGUUAUAUCGGAGCAAGCGAGUUUGAAAGUACAGCCGCCCAGGGAAGACCACGGAACUGAAGAAGCAGCACUUGUAGCAGCGAACGUCAGAAGAACAAAUAAGGCGAUCAGGCCCCCAAGCAAAGUGGGUCUGACAGGUGAGGCUAAGUAA